CGAGUCCGCAGCGGAGGCGGCGGCGGGCGGGCUAUGGAUUCUCGUCCACGGCGGGGCUCUGCCCUCAGCCGCUCCACCUACAUCUACGACGUGCGGCCGCUCGUACUGGACGAGUUCUGCAGGAUCAUGGACACGUGCGAGAGCCCCAUGGGGUGGCGCGACCUGGCCAAGCACAUGAUUAGUGACAUGACGGAGAUGCGUCUGCUGGCGCUCAAGGGCGAGCACGGCAAGAGCUGCACGGCGGAGCUCAUCUGGACGUGGGGCCAGCGCAACCACACGGUGGGCGAACUCCUGGACUUGCUGGAGGUGAUCGGCAACAAACGCGCGCUCAACCUCUUCCUGCGUGAGAUUGAGAUGACCAGCAUGUCGCCGCCUUCAUUCGGCGCUCCCGAAUCUCUACCGCCGCCUCCCUUGGCCUUGCCGGAUCCGGUGAAGGUGCCCUACAGCCCGAACGUGUCGCCCGUCUGCCACGUCCAUCACACCGGACCAGCGCUGUGCCAGGCACAGCCAAGUGACAGCGAACCCAAAGAAUUGAACGUUGCAAAUGUGUUGGACGGUGCAGGGCUCCCCUUGCCCGGGAAACCGCCGGGUGACACGUUCUGCCCCAUCUCGCUCGGCUCUGCCAACUGUUCCGACAACCUUCAGCCGAGCAGCAGCGACAGCAGCGGUAGCGGCGGCAGCAGCAGCAGUAGUAAUAUCACCAGCGACAAUACGGGCGGAUCUCUGCGUAACUUGAAGGAAGAUAAGUGCAGCAACUUGGACAGCGAGGUGGACAGCAGCUGCAAGGCUACGAUGGAGUCCAUCGGCUCACAAGAUUCACCCUCUGACAACAACGCCGCUGUGCUCGACCUGCAGCAGAUAUUCUCGCUGCAAGCUAUCUUGGAAGGCACCCACAACUUCAGCAUCGACCGAAAGCUGGGAGAAGGUGCCUUUGGCGUCGUGUACAAGGCUGACAUCCACAGGACCCCGUUUGCCGUCAAAUUGUUGAAAAAGCAAGGUGGAAUCCAGUGGCAGACGGUGUUGGAAAGCCUGCACGCCGAAAUGAAGCAUCUUUACAUGUUGCGGCAUCCGAAUGUGCUCGAGCUGGCUGGGUUCUGCCUGGAGCAAGACCACUGCUGCCUGGUUUACCACUUCAUGCCCAACGGCUCUCUGGAGGAUCGCCUGCACCGCGGGAAGGGCGAUGGACCUCUGUUGUGGCGGACGAGGUUGGAGAUUGCGGAGGGAUCUGCUCGUGGCCUUCAGUAUCUGCACACGGCUCAAAUGGACCCAGUCAUACACGGGGACAUCAAGAGUGCCAACAUCCUGCUGGACAGCCACUGCCAGGCGAAGCUCGGCGACUUUGGAAUCGCGCGCAUGGGCCCCUUCCUGGGCAUGCGCAGUUACACGUACGUGCGCAGCGCGGAGAUGCGCGGCACGCUCGCCUACCUGCCCGACGAGUACGUGCGAUCACGCCAGCUCUCGACCAAGGUGGACAGCUACAGCUUUGGCGUGGUACUGCUUGAGCUACUCACGGGGAGGAAGGCUGUUCAGGAGCAACCACAGCCUCAGUUCCUGAAAGACGAGGUGGAGGACGCGCUGGACUCGGACGAGGUGGGCACGGUGAGUGAGCGGAUGUUUGAUCGCUCCGCCGGGCCCUACCCUCAGAGCCAGGCGACCGACGUUCUGCGUCUGGCGUGCAAGUGCCUGGACAAGCGCAAGAAACGGCCCGAGAUGACCGAGGUGCUCGAGUGCCUGGAGGCGAUGCGGCAAACGGAUGCCGACAACACGCGCCCGCUGGCCCUGCCUUCGGACGCCGCGCCGACCCCGCUCGGCCACCGGGGAACGACGCCGCUGGAGCCGGCGGGGCCUCGACAGGUCCCCGUCGAGUCGACCGACGUCCACCAAUUCCCGAUGCUGCCUCAGGACCUGCGCUCGCACUCGCCCGUCACGGCGGCGACGUCCGACGCGCGGCUCCCCCCGCCGCCGCCGUCGUCGCCCCCUUGCCGUGGGCGCCAACCCUCGUGGUGGGGGGGCGGGGGCGCCGCCUUGGUUGCCGACGACGCCGGGAAGCUCUUGCGCGCACCCUGCGAGUCGGACGAUUUGUGCAGCGCGGGCGCCGGCAGCGGCGUGGGCUCCGGCAGCGGUGGCGGAGCGGAGGCUGCUGCGUUCCCCUUGUCGCUGGCGAUGGAGAGCGUGCACGUGCAUGGCGGCGGCGGCGCCGGCGGGCCGGACGCGAAGCCGAGAGGAGUGGCGCGCUCCUUCGAGGCCGGUCGAGAGUUUGUGGCGAGGAUGAUGGAAAGCGGCGGCGGCAGUGGUGGCGAGGACGCGCUGCUUUGUCACCGCGGAUUGCCGCCGCAGCCGUCGUCUGGACGCAGCGAGCACGCGGGCACCGCCAAGAGCAUGGCGCGGCCGGGACAUUACGAAGCGGCGUCCCUGUCGCUCAAAGGGGCGGAGAACUGUUGGGCGCGGAGGGUGGACUGGUCCGAAUUCUCUUCCACCGCCGCCGCAUUCGUCGUCGUCGUCAACCUCGUCUGCGAACGCGAGCCAAGGUACAAACAGAGUUCCAACUGAGGAUUUGGAGUCUCGGACUGGGAACAGAUGAUCCACGGAACAACAUCGUCUCUUGAGUUGAUAUUGACUGGACUUGCCUGGACCAAAGUGGUCAUUGCGAUUUAGGAGUGGGACCACACGACUUCAGCGUGGAGGGCAUGAUAUGUCUUGCCUUGUUUGGUCUCUCUAUGUAUGAACAGCACUUUGUAUUUUGUUGCCUAAUAUCUUAGGUAUGUAACCAGACAGACCCGAAUUGAAAACAAAAGAGUAAAGUUAUUUGUUUUCAAGAGCAUAACCAUUCAUGUACAGCACACAUUUGAGGGCGAGCUGACCUAGGGUGGGCCCAGGACUGGUUCAGAUAAUAAUCGUCACUGUUGUUGUCCGUGAAAUGGAAUGGAACCACUCCCUACACUGAAACUCAACAGUCACACAUUAAACAAAGAUUCCCCGUAUAGCCUUGACAGACUGUUGGGGCAAGUGCGAUUAGCGAGAACCUAUGAAGGCCGGAAUGGUACACGAGGGGGUGAGUGGCCAGCACCACGCCGGGCUGAUGUUUACACAGGUACUCAUUUGAGGCCGAGUCGACCUAGGGGAGGCCUAGGACUGGUUCAGAUAAUCGUCACUGGUGUUGACCGUGAGCGGGAAUCGAACCCUGGGUCGCCGGGUUUGUAGCGCAGCGUACAAACCGCUACACUCCAGACACACGCUCACUGACGCACGCACGUGAUCACUCACCGACACACACUGACACCCUCAUUCCAUCCACUCUCCCUGUCAGUGCCAUCUUCAUCUCUCUACGGCCUUCUCCAUCUCAUUCUCUGUCGCUGUACGUCUGUCUGUGCCUCUCUUUGUCUGUCUCCCCGUCUGCUGGAAGUGAAUGGACAUUUCCUGCGUGCCUCCCUUUUAAUUAGGUGGUCACCGAACAUGGAUAACACGAGCGUACAUAUAUAAACAAAUACCGGGAUCAAUAUCGUGCUCUACGUUGAAUGGGAACACGCACAUUUGAUAAAUAUUCAUCUAAUAUCAAUACAAAUCAUGAGAGAGCCUUGCUUUGAGGUGUAUCGUCAUUUGUGUGAAAGCUGCACCCUGGCGAAUGUUUGACUUGGAGUAAAAAAUGGAAAUGUUCGUUCGAUGGAGAGCUCGUGGUGCACCUAGCCUGGCACGAGCACCGUGGUGACGUCACCGCAACUUCGUGGCGAACGACGGUCGUUGUUUUGGGGGAGGUGGGUUUGUGUUCAAUGUACCGGUUUGACUUUGUUUACAUAAUAGCCUUACUCGUGGGAGCAGGCUUGAAAAUGUUCGGGGUCGGAUUUCGGUGGAAGGUAAUGUGCCGUUUGUAAACGCACAGAACGCCACGAUCCUUUGGAAUUCGUGCAGGUGGUUAUCUUGAAGUCUGCGACGCCGUUUGUACGUAUAAGAGAAGAUGGUACAGUUGGUUUAAACGUCAAAGAAACUAUAUUGGGACCUGUCAUGUGUAUAUACUAGACUGAUUAUUGUACAGAUUGUGUGUGUGUGUGUGGCAAAAAUGAUUGUAAACUGGAUAUUAUUAUGCUACACAUGCAUUUCUAUUGCAAGACAUGUUUUGGCAAUAAAGAAAUGAAGAGACUAAAA